UUCUCCUUCUAACAGACUUGCCACCUUUCUCCCCCCCUCCUUUCACUUUCUCUCUCCUCCCCCUCCUUUGACGUCACUCAACUCUGUAACUCCCCCCUUUCUUCUCCUCUCCCCAUUUUCAUUUCUCGAUUCCUAAAUUUAAUAAUUUCUUCUGAUUAGGGUUUUUGUUCUCUGCUACUCUAAUCUAAUUUAGGGUGUUUUUUUUGGAUUAAUUUUGUUAGUUUCAUGAGCUAUAAUGUCGAGAACAAGCAGAGAUUUAGUCCCUUUUGUGGGCAUUCUUAUUAUGUUGUUUACCUUUGUGUUGAAGUCUACUUCUGCACUGGAUUCGGUUGAUGAUGAUGAUGAUGGGUCUUCGAUUACUGGGGUUGGAGUUGAUCAUUUGUAUCUAUUUCACGGUGAUUAUUCGCCUCCUACGCCACCGCCUCCAUCCCUUCCGCCGCUGCCGCCUUCGGCGUCGUGUGAAAGUGAUCUUAUGGGGUUUGGGUCGCUUGAGAGUGUGUGUAAACUUAAUUCUAGCUUAGAGUUAUCAAAUGAUUUGUACAUAAAAGGGAGUGGCAAUUUAGAGAUUGAUUCUGGUGUGAUUAUUAGCUGCCCAUUUGCUGGGUGUUCAAUAACUGUUAAUUUGAGUGGUGAAUUUCAGUUGGGUAGGAAUGCUUCUGUAGUUGCUGGAGCUUUCUGGGUUGUGGCCGAGACCGCAAUUUUUCUUGAAGGCUCUAUCGUUAAUGUUAGUGCUUUGGGCGGUCCUCCUCCUGCGCAGACGAGUGGAACACCUGUAGGGCUGCAGGGUGCUGGUGGGGGGCAUGGUGGAAGGGGUGCUAAUUGUUUGGCAGACAAUUCAAAGCUUCCUGAGGAUGUGUGGGGUGGGGAUGCCUAUGUUUGGUCUGAGGUGGACGAGCCGUGGAGUUUUGGAAGCCGCGGUGGGACCACCAGUAAAGAGGAGGAUUAUGGUGGUGGAGGUGGUGGGAGGAUACGCCUAAAUUUGGCAGGUUUAAUUGAAUUGGAUGGUAGUCUUUUAGCGGAUGGCGGCACUUCCGGUAUUAAAGGUGGAGGAGGAUCAGGUGGCAGCAUCUUUAUAUUCGCUCAAAAAAUGACUGGAAAUGGUCGGGUAAGUGCAUCUGGAGGCGAUGGCUUUGCUGGAGGAGGUGGUGGAAGAGUUUCGAUCAGAAUCUUCAGCAGGCACGAUGAUCAAGAAUUCCGUGUUCAUGGGGGGAGAAGCUUUGGUUGCCCUAAAAACUCAGGUGCUGCCGGUACAUUUUAUGAUUCUGUUCCUCGGAGAUUGCUUAUCAACAAUCACAACUUGUCAACAGACACAAACACACUUCUUUUAGAAUUCCCUAACCAGCCUCUAUGGACAAAUGUCUACAUACAAAAUCAGGCGAAGGCUACAGUUCCUUUGUUUUGGAGUCGUGUGCAGGUCCAAGGACAGCUUAGUCUGUCGUCUGGUGCGGCUUUGACCUUUGGCCUGGCACAUUAUGCGUCAUCGGCAUUUGAGCUAAUCGCAGAAGAACUCUUGAUGAGUGACUCGUUGAUUAAGAUAUAUGGCGCCUUACGUAUGACUGUAAAGAUGCACCUAAUGCUGAACUCAAAAAUGUUGAUAGAUGGCAGUGGUGAUACAAUUGUUGCUACUUCUCUUCUUGAGGUCAGCAAUCUACUGGUUCUCAAGGAAUCAUCUGCAAUACAUUCUUCUGCAAACCUGGGAGUUCACGGGCAAGGAUACUUAAACUUGACUGGCCCCGGAAAUGUUAUUGAGGCUCAACGUCUAGUUCUUUCAUUAUUUUACAGUAUCAAUGUUGGGCCAGAAUCAGUUUUGCGAGGUCCUUUGAUAAGGGGGGACAGUUAUGAUGUGUCACCGGACCUGUAUUGUGAUCGUCAAGAGUGCCCUGUGGAAAUACUUCAUCCACCUGAGGAUUGUAACGUGAACUCCUCACUGCCCUUUACCUUACAGAUUUGUCGUGUUGAAGAUGUUAGUAUUGAAGGCGUUGUAGAAGGAUCUGUUGUGCAUUUCCACUGGGUCAGAUUUGUGUCUGUUCCACCAACAGGAGUGAUUAGUGCAUCUGGAUUGGGUUGUAUCGGAGGUGUUGGUCAAGGGAACCUUUCCAGCAAUGGUCUCGGAGGGGGUGGAGGACAUGGGGGCCGAGGUGGAGAUGGAUAUUGUGAUGGAAAAUUUGCUGAUGGUGGUGGAGCGUAUGGCGAUGCUGAUUUGCCAUGUGAACUUGGUAGUGGCAGUGGAAACAACAGUUUACCAGGAUCAACUGCUGGGGGUGGUAUCAUUGUGAUGGGGUCUCUGGAGCACUCCCUGCCAAGUAUGACAAUUGAGGGUUCAAUAAAUGCUGAUGGGCAGAGUUAUGAAGAAGGUAUUAUAAAGCAACAUGGUGCAAUGCUUUCAAGCAAUGGCCCAGGUGGUGGUUCUGGUGGAACCAUUCUUGUAUUUGUUCACACAUUGGCUCUUGGGAAUUCUUCUGCUGUUUCAGCUGUUGGAGGGAUUGGUAGUCCAAAUGGUGGCGGUGGUGGCGGGGGAGGAAGGGUCCACUUUCAUUGGUCAGACAUUCCGGUUGCGGAUAAGUACCAGCCCAUAGCUAGAGUGAGUGGCAGAAUCCUUGUUCGAGGUGGUCUGGGAAAAAGUCAAGGAUAUCCUGGGGAAGAAGGCACUGUUACUGGAAAGGCGUGCCCAAUUGGGCUCCAUGGGAUCUUUUGUGAGGAAUGUCCUGUUGGCACGUUCAAAAAUGUCACUGGAUCUAAUGCGGCCCUCUGUCAUAGUUGCCCAACUAGUGAACUUCCAGAUCGCGGCCUGUAUAUUCCUGUCCGAGGUGGUGUUACCGAAUCUCCUUGUCCUUACAAGUGUAUAUCUGAUAGAUAUCACAUGCCACACUGCCGCACAACUUUGGAAGAGUUAGUGUACACAUUUGGCGGGCCGCGGUGGUUUGGCUUUUUCCUUUUCAGCAUCCUCAUCCUGUUAGCUUUAGUUCUAAGUGUUGCACGGAUGAAAUUUGCUUCUGGGGAUGAUCUUCCAGGUCUAUUACCCCAUUCAAGACGUACACAAGUUGACCAUUCAUUUCCCUUUCUUGAGUCCUUGAAUGAGGUGAUGGAGACAAAUAGAAACGAGGAAGCACAGAGCCAUGUUCAUAGAAUGUAUUUCCUUGGCCCAAACACAUUCAGUGAGCCGUGGCAUUUAAUUCACUCUCCUCCAGAUCAAGUGAAAGAGAUAGUUUAUGAGGAUGCAUUUAUCCGCUUUGUUGAUGAGAUAAAUGGAAUAGCUACUUAUCAGUGGUGGGAAGGAUCGGUGUACAGCAUUCUUUCUGUUUUAGCUUACCCACUAGCAUGGUCAUGGCUGCAGUGGCGUCGAAAAAAUAAGCUGCAACAACUGCGUGAAUUUGUCCGUUCGGAAUAUGAUCACUCCUGCUUGCGCUCUUGUCGCUCUCGCGCUCUUUAUGAAGGGCUCAAGUUAUCUGCUACUUCAGACUUGAUGCUUGCAUACCUGGACUUCUACCUGGGUGGAGAUGAAAAACGGACUGACCUUCCUCCUCGUCUUCACCAACGCUUACCUUUGACAUUGAUAUUUGGUGGUGAUGGAAGCUAUAUGGCUCCAUUAUCUCUUCACAAUGAUAAUGUUUUAACUAGCCUUAUAAGUCAGUCAUUGCCACCAACAGUUUGGUAUCGACUUGUAGCUGGUCUCAAUGCUCAAUUGCGUUUAGUUCGCCGUGGACAACUCAAGUCCAACUUCAAACCUGUUAUCAAUUGGCUUGAAACCAUAGGGAACCCUGUCAUUAGCAAUCAUGGCUUGCGAGUUGAUCUGGCGUGGUUUCAGCCAACUUCUUUUGGUUAUUCUCAGUUUGGUCUUGUGGUGUGCCGGGCAAGACAUGUGCAACCAUCUGGUGGCAGUAUCAAUGGAUAUCCUCCUCCAAAGCCACCAUCAAGGGCUCAUAGAGAUGAUCAACUGGACCAUGUAAAAGACACUGAACUGCAGACGAUGAAUAAGAAAAUGUCCGUACAUAUACUCCACGACAAGAGCUUGCACAUGCUUAAAGAUAGCUGGAACCUUUCUUGUCUUUUCAGCUUUAUAGCAUGUAAUACCAAGCCAGCUGGUCAUCAGGAUCUAAUUGGUCUCGCCCUCUCAACACUUCUACUAGCAGAUUUUAGCUUAGUAGUGCUCACACUGAUUCAGUUAUAUUCUACUUCACUUUUGGACAUAUUUCUGGUUCUUUGUAUCCUUCCUCUUGGAAUAUUGCUUCCAUUUCCUGCUGGAAUAAAUGCUUUGUUCAGCAGAGGAGCUAGAAAAUCUGCUGGUCUUGCACGCAUUCAUGCUCUUUGGAACAUCACGUCCUUUAUCAAUGUGAUAACUGCUCUAAUAUGUGGGCUUGUCCAUUAUAAGAAUCAACCAAGCAAGAAACCAGGGGACUUUCAUUCUUGGGGUUGGAGCAGGCAAGGGCAAGAAAGCGAAUGGUGGGUACUUCCUUCGGGUUUAAUUCUGUGCAAGCUUAUUCAAGCCCGACUUAUCGAUUACCAUGUUGCCAACCAGGAGAUUCAAGAUCUAACAGUAUACAGCAAAGACCCUGAUCAGUUCUGGCAGUCAUAAUUUUUAUUGUACUGUCCAGGACGAGGUAAAUUGGAACUAAGGCCUUUUUUAAAAAAAUAUAUUAUUUUCUUACAUUUUUACUGUCCACAUUUUGUAAAUCAUGAUAAAAGCUGUAGUCUAAAGUAGUGAGAAAUGUAUACCGCCCCUUUGAAUGAGGGCUCAUUUCGAGCAGAGCUAAUCCUUUGUUGUCAAUAUGCUGUAAAUAACACAAUGUUUGAAAGAUACAAAAAAAGAAAGUUGAAAGAUAUAUGAUGGAAAAAUUAACUUUUUGGUAUA